AUGCCUCCUAGCCGAUCCAUCACACUUUUCCAGCCUAAUCCGGAAAUUUCCGAUUAUGCCGGUACCACGCAUAGCGUGCGUUUCACACAUCCCGGACAUCACGCGUUUAGGCACACUGCCAACGUGCUCAAUGCUCAUUCAAUCGAUGGAAACCAUCAUGCCGAUUACUUAGUUUUCAAUAGCUCUCAGUACAAAGAUCUGAGAGAUGAUGCAAGGCACGUGGGAGAAUUCUUACCUAGUAUAGUAAUCAGUGCGAAGUUUGCCAAACCCGAACUAAUCUCCCAAUAUGGUAAUAUUAAUAUCCCUGCGAUCGAGCUUCCCUUGGAAGCUCGAUCAAUUCGUUCACCUACUCCCAUGGCCUUUGCCCGUUGUAUAACUAGUGGUCCAUUUCUCCCCGACUAUGAUAUAGAGUUUCGUAAGUUUUACAAUAAAACUAUCCCUUUACCUACUAUCAGUUUCGAGGAUCUGGCGCAUAUGACUGCGUCGGAUAUUGAUAACCUGCCGGAUAUUCCGGACCCGAAGCGUCCCGAUCCUACUUUUGACCCCCGGAUCCAACGUUCCCUCCUUCUUCGACCUGCUCAAGACACGAAGGACACGUUUAGCGCUACUAUGGAGUUCAAGAGAAGUGAGGUGAGAUUGAAGAAAGAAGAAGAAACUGAUGAUGAAGCGGCUGUGCGCCGGAAGGUACCACCUACUCCUCCUCCCAGUCCCGCUGCUGUGUCUCAGGCGCCUGCAUUGAAACCUGUGAGUCUUCCGAUUGCGGAAGGCUGGACUAACAUCAUGAAGGACACCUCCGGCGGAGACACUGAUGCGGAAGGCAUUCCGGACGAUGAAGACUCCUCCGAGGAAUCCAUAUCCACCAACUCCUCCUCCAUGUCCGAUGGGGAGGACGACACACUCACACUCCCAUCCCAAACGUUAGUCUACCGACGCCUUUCACAUCUCGCGCAAGACCUCGCUAACCCGCAAUCCCGUCGCACGAUGCCCGCACUUAUCCCAUCCCUGAAAUUCAACAGAACCCUUGACGCGCUCGACGAGGUCGAUGAGUCCGAGGACAUCCUCCCUCGGAACACUCCCGUUGCUUUCGGACUUACCACGGACAAAUUACAGUAUGAUCCCCUUCCAUUUGCAGGACUUUAUGACGCCAGGCUCGUCAUCCGACUCAUUUCUGCGUGCCAGUUUUUGGCCAAGGCCAUGGCCGAUCAAGCUACCCGUGAGCUGGGGCUCGAGCUCGCCGGUUUUCACAUCGCUCGCCCUAGCUCCAUCUUUCAUAAUGACACCCCUGAUUACUCUAAAGCCGUCCCACGCGGACGCACUCGCCUUCAUACCCAUAUGUACGAGCUUCAGAACAUGCGCGCUUCUGCAUGCACCAUCCUGCAACUCACGCAUGCGACACUUACCCCCAUCCAGUCGCAGGAGUCUCUCCUCUCCCUUAUUUUCAUUAUUGUUGUUGAUGGAGUGCGUUGCAUCCCUGCCAACGUCAACCGCGCCGCUUUCUUUUUACAGGCAUGUCCUUCAUCCAAUCCGCUGUUCACCAUCGACGAGGCCGCGACGCUUCGCACCACGUCGGGCAUCUUCCGUUUCUACUCUUACUUCCAACUCGCUGACACGAUUGACGACCUUCUUGCACUUUCCCUUCCGGACGAGGACGUUGUCCACCAGCUCUUACAGAAUUACUCCCUUGAUGACCUUCGUGGCACUGGCGUCAAGCCCAACAUUAGUUCUAACUAUCUGUUGUGUGUUGCUGAGUCCCAGGCCCAACGUUGCUUCAAUACUCAGCGCGUUGGUCCAUACAUUUUGGAAUAG